AUCGUGUUUCAUUUCGUUUAAGUUUUGCGGCCUUAUUCUGUGAUAUAGGCUAUUCUGCUCAUCUUUUAUUUAAUUUUGUUUUGGAUCCUACACCCGGUUUUUUGUGUAGAUACAUUCCUUGGGCAAUCGCAUUUUUUUCUCUUUCUUCUCUAUUUUUUAUCGUUUGUAUAGCUUUGAACCUUCAUAUAAUGUUCAUAAAUGAAUAUAGACGACAUGAUUUUGAAAAUUAUUAUUUUACGAUUGCAUUUUCUUCUGCUCUUUUACUCUCUCUACUUCCUGCUGCCGCCAAUAUGUAUGGUUAUGAUGAUAUUUUAGAUCGUUGUUGGUAUCGUGAUUCUGGUCAAGUAUAUAAUAUAAUAUGGCAAUGGGUUACUUUUGACAGUUGGAUUGAUGCAUCUAUAUUGUAUUGUGCGAUCGUUGUUAUUAUGGUCAUUAGAAAACUCAAAUUUGCGGAAAAACAAAUCGAUACUUUUGAUUCUUCUUCGACUUCUCGGUUAUCUAGUCAUCGUCAUCCCCCCCCCUUACUUGAUAAGGCUAUGAUUUCAAAUGUUGUCAGAAGAGUCGUGUGUUAUACUGUGGUGCCAGUAGCUCAAACCUUUUGCACUUUCACCGAAACUUACUAUUAUGUUACUAAAACGUUACUCGUACGUUCCAUGCCAUUAAGUUACAAUGGUGGAUCUCCAAUGUUAACUAUUAUGAGUCUCAUUAUCCUCAUCGAUCUCACAGCAAAGCCAUUGCAGAUAAAAUGGUUAAGAUACAUGCUAUUAAUUAAACUUUUCUCUCCUCCAAAAAGUUCACCUCGAUUAUUUUCAUCUGAACUUUUAUCACCGAUUAAUUCUUUUGUUGGUAAUGAUGAUACAAAACAGGAUAUAAUUCUUGAUAAUCAAAAUGAUCAAGGUAUUCAUUUAAUUCUCACAUCCCCUCAUUGUUUAAAUCCGUCAAAUUCAUCUGAACCCUUAGUAGGUAGUUCUAAAAGCUAUCAAACUAAUCAAACUAAUAUAAAUAAUUUAAAUAAUACAAAUGUAAUUGAUAUAUUAAACUUUGCGGUUAAUGAUGAAGGACGAAUUGAUUUUAUGAAUAUUAAUGGCGAACCAACAAAAAGAAUAUCAGAAGAAUUUAGUGAAAUUGAAAUAGCGUUAAGAAGACUUUAA